CCGCGGCGGGCGGGUCCAUUCCCUGUACACAGCCCCUAUGCUUCCCAGGAGUCGUCAUGUCAACGUGGAAACCAUGGACAAAAAAGGGUUGGCAUCUUCUCCGGCUCGUAACUUCCAGGAGCCUAAGACUGGUUAUCUGCCCAAGGAAGAGAACAAGGAAGGCACUGGGUACCGGCUGCUGAAUAUGCUGAGAAAAACUCUUAGAGGGUCUGAAAGUGAAGAACUGGAAGUAACACCUCAAGUGCCAACUUUGGUACCAUUUGGGGAUGUGGUUGGCUGCCUCGCUAUUCAUGUAAAGAACUGCAGACAUUUCACGCCUAAGAUUGGUUUACAAUAUUACAGUAAUUUGUUCAUUCGCAUCUCUAUAAACAACAUUGUAAAAUGUACAAAAAUGUGUAGCUUGCUACCCCAAAGUGAUGAGAAGAACACUAUAAUUAAGUUUGAUGACAUGAAGUAUUUUUCCAUACAGAUUCCCAGGCGUCAGGAUGAUGAGCGGAAUAAUAUUUACUUGGAACUGAUGAAAUAUGACAAUACAGAAAAAUAUCCUUUCUUGUUAGGGAGUGUUCAGGUACAUCUUUAUGAAGUAAUUCAGAAAGGGUGCUUUAUUGAAGAAUUUCAAAUGUUGAAUAAAAACAUAUUUAUCUGCAGGGUGGAGGUGGAAUUUAUGUUCUCCUAUGGAAACUUUGGUUAUGGAUUUUCACAUCAGUUAAAACCUCUUCAGAAAAUUGUUGAGCCAUCCAUGUUUAUGAAUAUUGCACCACCUCCAGAAAGAACAGACCCUGUGACAAAUGUAAUUACACCACAGCCAAUAGAAUAUCCAGCAUUCCUAUCCCCAGACCUGAAUGUUACUGUUGGGAUGCCAACUGCAAUGCCCCAAUCCAACCAGCCAUCUGUAGUGCGACUUGAAAAACUUCAGCAACAACCUCGGGAAAGGCUGGAAAAAAUGAAAAAAGAAUAUAGGAAUCUGAGUACAUGGAUAGAAAAAGCUAGCUAUUUAGAAGGAGUUCUUACCCAAAAAUUGGCCAAUAAAGAAUGUAAGGGAAGUGAUACCAAUGAAGUACUUGAAAGCCAAUUUGAAAAGAAGUCUGAAGAUACUGUAAUAUCAGAUGUCCACUGUAUAAAGAAAGGAGCUGAAACUGCUCCAAGUGAGUUGCAGGAUAAUGAUGAUAAGAAAGACCUUACUCUUCUACCAACUUUGAACCAGUCAGAUCAAGAUAAUUCAGAUACUAUUGCAGUUGCUCCUGAAAGUGAUGAGUCAACAAAGAAAACAGAUGAGUCACCAAAGCAAACUCCAUUGCGUGUUAUUCCUAGCCUGACAGUAAUGGAAGAAAGCAAAACAUUGUUUUUAGAGGAAUACCAGUCAGAAGCUGUGCCAGAGGGAAAAAUGAAAAAUGAAUUAUUUCCACCACAUAUGAAAGAUGUGGAAAGCCUUUCACAAACAGACUCCUCUGCAUCAGAGGUGAUUUUUUCACCAAAGGAAUAUAUUUCACCAUCUUUCAGACCAGAAUAUAUAGAAUUCAAACCAAAAUAUCAGCUCCAGAAAUUCAACUUUAAGAAUGGUUUUGAUCCUUUUCUAAGGAAUAUAAACAACAAAAUGUCAGUCAGAAAAAGGAAAGACCAAGAUAUGUCCAGAUGCAGAAACAUUUUAAGUACAGAGGUUAUAGAGCAUGAAGACCAAGAUCCUCCUUACCCAACAUAUUCAAAAACUGCAAGACCUACUCAUAAAACCUGGCCAUGUGAUCCUGGUAACACCACAGUAAAGACUUUAGACACUAAGACUAAGUUAGCCUGUGAUCCUGAUUUCAUUACAAUAAAGACUUUAGACACUAAGAAUAGUAAGAAUAAGUUAAAAGAAAGACUACCAAAUGUAUCUCUACCAAACUUUGAAGGAGAAUCAUCAAUGACUGGAAAUGUAAAUACAUGUCGCCUCUCAAAAUCAUUAAGUCUUACUUCCCACCUAGAAAAUUUAAAACAAUCAGUGAUGCUCAAGUCAAUUUUAGGUAAAAAUCUGCAAGACCUAUCAGAUGAAUUAUUUUCUAAACCAAAGGUUCCUGUGGACACUGAAACAAGAAAGAAAAGUCUUAGUUCUCCACUUUUACAUGUUCAUGAUGAACCACCAACUAGUGUGGAAAACAAAGUAUUUGAAAAAGUUCAAGAUUUAAAUAGCUUGCUUUCAGAAAAAUACAUUGUAAGUUCAAAGUCUCUUUUAAGACAAAAAAUUAAAGAUAUUCCUGCAGAUUCACUUUCAGUAGGUGAACCAAGAAAUUCUCCAGAGGUAGAAAGGGAAUUUGUCUCUGAAAAACACUUGGAGCCUGGUGAGAUUGAUUUUCCAAUUAAAAAAAAUAAUUUCAAAAAGAAAAAUUCAAAAAUUGAAGUGUCUAGUUCCCAACCAGGUGUAAGUAGCAUUGCACAUGAUUAUGUUAUAAAGCAAAUAUUCACUGCACCUAUCUUCUCAGAGUUGGAAAUGGGAGUGAAAGAAUCGCGUGAGAUACCAAUAAACUUGCAGAAUCAAUUACCCACUGCUUGGGAGAGUUUAUCUUCAAACAUUCUACUUCGCCAUGAAGAAAAUGAUGAUGAAAUAGAAUUGCCACAGGCCAAAUCUGUUAUAAGCCAGAUAAUACAAGCAUUUCCUGUAGAUAGUCUUUUAGAAUCUGGGAUAAUCAAAGUGAUAGAAUUAAAUAAAGAAUAUCAAAAGAGUUCCAUGCUGGAUACAGAGACAGCAUUUGCUGAAGAAGAGCCAAAGUAUUCCACAGAGGAUUGUUCAGAAACCCAAAGUAAAACAGAACCUCUUUCAGAGCAGAAUAUACUCAUCAUUCCCAAAGAAACUACUUCUUUUACUAGAGUCGGAUAUGUGGAUGAAAGCCAAAACAUACCCCUACAAGAUUCAAAAUAUCAGUUAACACCAGAUAAAAAAACAGAUACGCUAAAUAACAGUCAGAGGUUUGAUAGAGAAGAAAAUGAUCUGAAUUCUACUUUAGAAAAUUUAAGUAACUCAUUAAUGGGUAAACUUAAUGAUUCAGAUGUAAUAAUGUUAAAAUCCUUUUUAAAACAUAUGUUUAAUAUUUUUUUCAAAUAUAAUCAGUCUGAAAGAAGACAACCAGAAAAAGAAUUAGAAAGAUUAAUCCAGCAUCCUUUUCCAAAUAAUACAGAAGACCUUGAAGAAAUCAAAGAGAAUUUUGAUAAAGCAGAUAAAUUAGACAGUAAGCCUAUUUUGAAUCCAAAGCUGCGUGUAUUUCUAGAAGAACUCUCAGAGUCAGAAAUAAAAAAUUUAAAAUCUGAACUAAGUAAACAUAUCCAACAUUACCUUGUAGAAAGACUUUCAGAAUCUGGACACAUCACUAAAGAAGACUUACCAAAAAUCUAUCACAAUCUAUAUUUGAUGAAUGAGAAAGCAGAACCAAAAGGGCAGAAUAUUUUUCUAGAAAAAUAUUCAGAAACUGUGAAAGAAAUCAUGUCUUUUGUAAGUAAUUUUAAUCAUCAUUUCAUAGAUAAACAUUUGGAAAUAAAGCUAAGAUCUUUUUUAAAUGAAAUUCUCCAAAACUAUUUCCUAAAAAACCUUUCAGAAAGCAGUUUAUUUAAAGAGACAGAAUCUGAGACUAUACACUCAAACAUGUCUUCUCUAAGAUCUAGAAGUGCCUCAAAAUCUUUUCAUGAGUUAGGACAAGACAUUUCAAGGUGGAGUUUUGGUGAAAGACUUGACAUACACAUGAAAUAUCCUUUAAGUAAAUCUCUACAAAACUAUCUUAUAGGUUUAUCAGAAAAUGAAGUAUUAAAUCUAAAAGCUGAUUUAAGCAAACACCUCCAGAGUCUUUUUAUAGAAAAACUUUCAAAAUCAGGACUAAUAACUGAAAGUCAAUUAGAGGGGAUCAACCAGCAUAUAAAUAUGAUCAAUACUAGAUCCAUACCAUUAAAAUGUAUAUCACCAGAAUUAUCUUUUAGAAAAGAAAAUCAAUUUAUGGAGGAGAUUUCAGAAAAGCAAAAUAAAUAUUCAAAAAUUGUUCAAAAAACCACUUUACAAAAAGUUCCUGAGGAUAGACUUAUAGAAACAGAACUGACCAAAGAGAAAGAAAAAGAAUAUUUUUCCUUACAGAAUAUUAAGGAAAAUCCAUCAAUAAUUGAGGAACAGAAAAGAUACUGUCCUAAAGAAGGAGCCAAAACACUGAAAUUAAUUAAAGUACAACCUUCUUUCAACAAAAAUACCCAAGCAAUUCCAUUAAAUAAGUCAUCAGAAAGACUUACAGAUACAGUACUUAAGAAACAAAGGAAUGAACAUGGUUUUAUGCAGCUUCUUCGAGCAGAAAAUUGUGACUUUAAAACAGAAGUUCAAGACCCGCAUAGUUGGAGUGGUAAAUCAAAAACAGCUCAGUCAAAUGCUUGCUUUGAAAAGACACUAAAAACGAAGUCUCUUGAAAAAAAAGAGCAUAAUAACAUCUAUAAAUUGAUGGCACAAGAAAAACUUGAAACAGUACUGUCACCAUAUCCAAGAAUUCCUAAUUGCAAAAUGCGAGAUGAAAAUGAAGAAUAUAUAUACAGAUACACUUUUCCUUCCAGGCAGACUAACACUUUAACUCAUUUCAAUUUAGAGGCUGGGGAGAAAUCAAAGUUAGAAGACCAGUAUUUUCAGAGAUUGAAAGGAAAUAAUAAUAAUAAUAAAAAACAUUUAGUAACAUUUGCACAAUACAAAAAAAUACAAACUCUUUCUCUAAAGACAAAUGGAAUUUGCAAUGAAAAAUGUGCCAAAUUCCCUGAAUUACAGUCGUUUAAAUAUAAAGUUGUGGAAGCUGAGAAAAACUCAAAACCAUCCCUCUUCCCAGCAGUAUUAAAGAGAGAAAAUCUAAAGCCCAAGGUCCGAAAAGAAAGAGACCAUGUCAACAAACAAAAGAAGUCAUUUAGCAAACUAGUUAGGAUACUACCAACCACACUGCCCACCGCGAGAAUUCUAAGGAAAUCUGUUCCAAGAACAUUGCUUCAUUGGACUGCAAGAAGAACCAUACAUGAUUGUUCGGAUAGAUUUGAGGAUAUACCUGUGAGCUCAUUUAAGCAUGUUGAACAAGCAAAAUCAAGAGCAAGGCUUUUAGGAAAGAGCCCAAAUGAUAGCCAUAAUCAGUUAAAACACUUUGCAAGACUGAAUACUGCUCCAGAGGUUAACAAACGACGAGAAAACUACAAUGGAAAAUUUACAAGUCCUCGAAUGGUUUCAGCAGACUUAGUUCAUAUAAAUGAUGCAAUCCCAGAUUAUGAAAUCCAUAGAAUGCGGCAAAAAAAGAAAUUAAAAGAAAAUAUUGAAAAGUGUUCACUCAUUUGUGAUACUAUCCAAAUGUUAAAAGUCCAGAAUGAUAUGUAA